AUGCUAAACUCUUCCCCGAUAACUGACACACAUCUAAUAAGUAGUGAAAUUAUAACCUAUGAUCAUACUGACGAGUUUCGUUAUUUUGUUGGCCGACGAUUUCAUAAUGUCACUAAAUCCCGCUAUUGUUUACCAAAUGAUGAAAUUGCCAUGGAGCAAGAAAAUGUAACUCAUGAGACUUUACGUGCAGCUUGGCAGUCUAAUUUUUCUGCACCUAUCGUAGAUACGCUAAAGAUGGGUGGUGUAAGAGUAUUGGAUGUCGGUUGUGGUUCAGGUUCAUGGAUCGUGGAAAUGGCUCAACAAUAUCCAAAUUGUCAUUUUACAGCAGUGGAUUUUUCACAAUUGCUACCAAGGGAAGCAAGACCCGAGAAUGUAAGCUUCAUAGAAGCAAAUAUUCUGGAUGGUCUGCCAUUUGCAGCAAAAAUAUUUGAUUAUGUACAUAUGAGAAACAUGACUUUUAGUUUUUCAGAGGAGGAAUGGAAAUUCGCCAUAAAAGAAAUAUUAAGAGUUACAAAAACAGGCGGAUUUAUCGAAUUAAUGGAACUUGAAUUAUCUCUACAUAAUGACGGGCCAAUAUCGAGACUUUUGUAUAACGCACGAUCAACGGAUCUCCAAUCACGAGGGAUUGCUGUGAAAACAUACGAUGUAAUUCAAAGUUUGAUGGAGUCACAGAAAUUCUCGAAUAUUGAUAAGAAACAAAUCACAAUACCUUUUGGAAAAUGGGCUGGAGAAAUAGGAGCGAGGAUGGCUGACAGUGCAGUAUGCUGCUUCCGGACUUUUAAAAUAAAAUAUUCUGACACAAUCGGCGUCGAACCACAAGAAUAUGACAAUAUGCUUGAAUCGUGGUCGGAUGAGGUUGACGAGUAUAAACCAUGCUGCAUUGCCUAUCGUUGGUGGGCGCAAAAAGUGUACUAG